AUGGAGAGAUAUUUGAUCACCGCAACCAUCUUAUCUGUUUUAUCGACAUCAGUCCUCAGCGAUCCCGAUUUGCAGCAACUAAACUCACAUCAAGAUGACUUGAACCCCCUAAACGAAGAGACCAAUUUAACCACAAAAGCCCAAGAAAAGAGAACCAUCUUCAACCCCACAAUCAAAAACUACGGAUGGGCCAAACACGUCUCCAUUAGACCCUCAGGAACCAAGUACCUACUAGGCUACAGCCCAGUCGACUUGAAAUACAGACCGGUAUUACGGCCCAUAUCCAUCAGUCAUCAAGGUUACCACUACAAUAGACCAAAGAUCCACUUUCAGCUGAAGAAACCUAUAGUUCACAUACCACAGGUCAAACCAGUGUUGCAAACCGGAUGGAAGCCGGUACUGAGGCCGGCAGUACCGAUACACGUACCUCCGCCGUCUCAUCUCCUCACGAAGCCUGCUAGACCCGUACUACACGUAGAUCACGUAGACGAAGUGAAACCUGCACACGUAGAUCAUUUACACUUAGAUCCAGUACCACAUUUGGACCAUUUACAAGCCCAGAAAGUACCAGUAGUGCAUGUGGAUCAUAUUCAUCAAUCACCAUUACAACACGUAGAUUAUCUCCACAAACUGCCUAAUUUACAGCAUCUACAUCAAGUACCAGUAGCUCAUGUGGACCACGUUCACCAACAAGUGCCUUUGCAAGUUCAACCAGUACCACUAGUACCAAUUCCAGCAGCUCCAGUACCGCAGCCACCUCACAUCAUACAUCAAGCACAUUUUGUGCCUUCAGCACAGCUGUUUGAAGUCACCAAGCCCGAUUUAGGAGUACUACCCUUGGGUGCAGUAUUCCAAUCUCAAGUACUGAGGGACGUACCAGCACCCCAGUUCAAACCAGCUUUGGUUCACCAGCACUUGGUUUCCGCUGCUCCGGUACACCAUGUUCACCCAGUAGUACCCGCUGCUCAACUUCAACAAGUUCAUCCUUUUACUCAUUUACAUCCAGUACCUUCGGCACAACCUGUUACACAUCUUCACCCAGUAGCACCUCAACCUGUGGCACCAGCUCCGCAAGCAAUCAAUCAAGUGGAAUACCAUGGCACCACUAACUUCAUCAAUUUGCUGAGAAGUCAGGCGCCUGUAAAUGCAGUACAUAAUUUGUUGCCGAAUCACUAUCACUUGCAGUACCCUCAGAUUCCACAAGAGCAAUUGGUACCUAAUCUACAGUUUCCUAGACCUAGUGUUUUCCAACAACAUUUACCACACGAAGAGCCUGUACAAGUGGUACAUUCUGGAACAACUGGUUUGUUUCCCAAUCAGCAGCAAUUGCCUCUAGAUACUCAGCCUCAUUUUCAAUUGUCUCAGAACCAUCCAGUACAAGUAGCACACUCUGGUUCUGGUAUAUUUCCUAAUCAGCAACAGUUGCCUCUAGAUUCACAAUCCCAUUUCCAAGAUGCAGGACAAAAUGUGUUUCUACAACAAUUGCCACAAACUCAGACUCAUUUUCAACAACACCACUUACAGUCUGAGAAUGAUGUUCAACAUGUUUAUCCACAAGACAAUUUCCAAUAUCAAGUGUCCCAAAACAACCCUGAACAGCAAUUCCAUCAAGGCAAUUUUCAACAGCCAUUGCACCAAGGCAAUUUCCAGGAGGUGAGUAACUUUCAACAAGAAGGGAAUUCACAACAAGAAGGCAAUGUUGGACAAGAAGGCAAUUCGAAUGCAGGGCAAUUUCAACCUGCAGAUCAAGUCAGCAGCGUACACUUCUACAGGCCAGGGCAAUUUCAAAUAGGGGAUCAGAAUGACGAGCAGAGGUAUUUUUAUCCCCAACCUGAUGAUGUACAAGAAAAUGGGGAGCAGGGACGAUCUAUUCGACCUGGUGAGACUGACUUGCAAUUUCCUUUGCACCUACCUCACCAUCCUGGGUUUGCUGGUACUGGAAGGCAAUUCAAACAGGAUGAAUCUGGGGAAGAUUCUCAGAGGAAUGAUAGUGAGUUCCGCCCUUCCAUACAGCUGGAGCCACCUUACAAAAAGAAGUAG